GCGUCUCAGGUCCCAGAACUCUCGACUCGACUAGUUGUGUAUUGUGUACGUAUUCGAGACGGUACCGUUGAUACACUCGUUGUACGCCAAGCUGUAUCGGGUACCACUAUUACGAGUGUCAAGUCAAAUCUGUAAAGGUUCCCUCAAGGUCGUUUAUUCAACUCACAAUUUUUUUAACUGUACCACUCGGUUUUGCAUGUUCCAAGUACGUUUCUUGGUGACUUAAGACAUUUGUUGUAGUACCAGUGAAAAAGAAACGCAGACUUUCAGUGAUAUUCGGUUGUUUUCGAGCAGACUUUGAUGCAAUGGAUAGUUGGAUAAGAUAUCGUGCUCUUCUUGUUUCGAUAUAUUGCUAGCAAUGCCAUUUUGAUCACCUGUACAAUUUGUAAAAUAAAGAAAACAAAUAACAAAUGAUAGUAAUUUUCGAGUGAAUGCCUUCAACGGAGGUGUUGACAUUCUACCAGCUAUCUCUUUCAUUAUUCAAAGGAGAUGACAUUUUUAUCUCUAGCCGUUUCUUGUUCAAUCUCACAUAAGGGCAACAAACUUCAUACUUGAGAAGAUAUAAGUACGAAAGAGAGGAGUAAUACUAGGAGAAAAUGCUAUAAUGGUAAUCAUGCAGCUAGAAAUUCUUAUUUCCAUUUUUUUAACAUCAAUAAGUUCCGCUGUCAUCACGAAUCAUGAUUUCAGAUUCAUAUCAUACAAAGAUUUAAAUCCUUCAGUGCACUGGUUUCCGCUAGAUGGAGUAACUGCACACUCACAAAUGCUGUUUGAUGUUUCAAGAAAUCAAAUUUUUAUUGGGGCGAGGGAUGCGUUGUACAAACUGCAUUUAUCUAAAUUGGAAUUGCUGGAGGUGGCGCAUUGGGAGGCAACGCAGGACAAGAUUACCGCUUGUAUAUCGAAAGGACAGGACGAAGAAAACUGUCAUAAUUUCAUUAAGAUUCUCUUGACAAAUGGAAACCAGAUUUUUGCCUGUGGAACGAACGCUUUCUCUCCUUUGUGCUCUUUGAGGAAUAUCGAUAACAUAUCGAACGUGACGCUUGUCGUGAACGGUAUUGCAAAAUGCCCCCACAAUCCAGCGGCUAAAGUUACCGGCUUCAUAUCCGACAACUCUGAAUAUUUUUUCGGCGGAACAACAGAUUUUUCCGAUUCCGACUAUCUCAUCUCUAAAAACGUAAUCAACGGUCGCACUUUGAGAACAAAACAAUACAACAGCUUCUGGUUAAACGAUCCCCAGUUUGUCGGAUCGUUCGAAACAUCGAAAUUUGCAUACUUCUUGUUCAGAGAGACGGCGGUCGAGUACAUAAAUUGUGGCAAAGUCGUUUACUCAAGGAUAGGCCGCGUUUGCAAAAACGACCAAGGCGGCCACACCAUGCUCAAAGAAAACUGGACAACCUUUGUAAAAGCCCGCUUGAACUGUUCGAUUAAAGGAGACUACCCAUUCUAUUACAACGAAAUACAAAGCAUUCACUACGUCGCCGAAGAGAAUAUUGUCUACGCCACUUUUACUACCCCCAGAAACAGCAUCGCCGGCAGUGCGAUUUGUGCUUUCGACAUGUCAGCCAUCGACGAGGCCUUCAACGGCCCUUUCAAGUACCAGCACGACAUGGACAGUGCUUGGAAACCUCACAACGUUCCUCACAGAGAACAUUUAGAAUGUAAAAUUUCGAAAUACAACAAUCUCCUCGAAACCUCCAAAUACCAGCUAAUGGACAACGCUGUUCAGGCAACCACCCCAAGCCCACUCUAUACGUCAAACUUAGAAAGAUUCACACAUAUAACCGUGGAUAUCGUGUCCAUCAAACACCACAGGAUUCCUGUAUUGUAUGUAGCAACAGAAGAAGCGCUGGUGAAGAAACUAACCAUUCAGCACAAGCAGGAAGCUUGUUUGGUCGAAAUUUGGCAAGUUGCUUCGGAGUAUCAACCUGUAAUUCAAAACAUGCAAUUUCUGAAAGGGACUAGCUCAGUAUACGCUACUACGGAUAGCGGGUUGAUCAAAAUAAACGCAGCUCACUGCUCAAGGCAUUCCUCAAAAGAAAGCUGUUUAAAUGCCAUGGAUCCUUAUUGUGGCUGGAACGAAUUAGAAGAUAGAUGUACCACGUCUCCUGGAACUGAUCGUCAUAUAUACUGGAAACAACUCAUUAAUUCAUGCCCUAUUUUAAAUACACCAAUUAACGGAGGCUGGAGUAGUUGGUCAGAAUGGCAUCCGUGCAACUACAAGACCUCAGCUGCAACGGACAGUGAUCAGUGUCUUUGCCAGACGCGUCAAUGUAAUAAUCCUGCACCGGCUAAUAUGGGAUUACCAUGUGAAGGAGUAGCUAUAUCUGUGACGAAUUGUACAGUCCAUGGAGGCUGGACAGAAUGGUCACCAUGGUCAGCUUGUUCCAGUUCCUGCGGAAUAGCAGUCAAAACUAGAUUCAGAACGUGUACGAAUCCUGAACCUGCUUUUGGAGGAAGAGUCUGCGUUGGACAGGAUAUAAUGGAAGCCUCCUGCGACCUUCCUUCGUGUCCAACACCUAAAAUAGACGGCGGUUGGUCAGCUUGGUCCAGUUGGUCACCGUGUUCAGCAAGUUGCGAUGAAGGCUUCAAGUCGCGAUAUCGCAGAUGUGAUCAUCCGGUACCCCAAAACGAGGGCCACUAUUGUAAAGGAAACGAUGUUGAAUACAGCAUUUGCAACAGACAGCCAUGCGAGGAUCAGAGGAAACAGCUGCAUUCAGAGUGGAUUACCGAUUACAAUAUAUCCAGAAAAGGAUACCACCAGAAAAGGUUUAGAUUUAUAUGUAAGGCACCGGUGAAGCACUCAAACCAUAUUAAAAUUAUUGUAAAAGAAGAAAACCAAGUGUGCCUUUCUAAUAAAUGCGAUAAGGAAGAUGAAUACACUGGAUGGAGCUCAUGGUCCUUUUGGAGCGAAUGUUCCGCCAGUUGCGGAGGUGGGACACAAUUCCGCACAAGACAAUGUCUUAAAGAUAAUUGCCUAGGUGUACCGACUCAAACAAGAGAUUGUAAUAAGCACGAUUGCAUCGAUAAUUGGGGAUGUUGGACAGAAUGGUCACCAUGUAACGUAUCCUGCGGAUGGGGUAUCAAAACAAGAUACAGAAAUUGUUUAGGACACAGGUGUAAGGGAGCAGACAGACAAGAAGAAUCCUGCCAAGAUCAGCCUUGUGAAAAUAUUCUAGGAUGGGGAAAUUGGACUGAAUGGUCCGAAUGUGACCAGGAAAACUUACAAUACCGGAAAAGGACUUGCUUCACCGAGAAUCCCGAUCCCUAUAUGUGCCAAGGCAGUUCGGUUCAGACAAGAAUGUGUGUAGGCAACCAGUUAAAAGACGAUUGUUCCUGUUUAUCUGUAGGAUUAAAUAUGUUUUUCGUGGGAAUUAUAAUAGGACUUACCCCUGGAGUACUUUGGCUGGGCAACCAGAUUAGGAUUAAAAAGAGGAAAAAUUAUGUACCUAGCUCGCCACAUUAUAUAACAACAGCCAAUGCCAACCCUUAUGUUGCCAUAAAAAGGAAAUCCCAACUCAAUAGGCAAAACAGCCAUAGUGGAAGUAGUACUCUAAAAUCAAAACUUGAUCUUAUGGGUACCUUAAAGAGAAAUAGUAAUGAUAUUAAAAAUGGAAAUAUUAAGGCUUAUCAUGACAGUGAUAACCACUUGUUUGAAUGAAUAAGGGAGAAAUCUAUGUUGUAUUUGGCUUAUACACUACAGAUACCCCAAAAAACGCGAGACAGGCUCUUUGGAUGGAAUCCUUUAAGAGAUACGAGCAAUGUAGUUGCUCAUAGACCAUCAACAAAUAUUUAUAGAAUAAAAUUGAAUUACUUAUGCUUGUUAAAUGUUAUAGGUACUUUUCUAUAUUAAAAUACAUAAGACCCUGCAUGAAGCAGCAUAAUAACAUAAAAGCCACAUAAAAAUAGUAAAAGCAUUUUCCUAUUAG